GGCCGUUGAUUUUGCUACUGUUGCGACUUUUUUGUUGGAAGCACUCCCUUCUCUCCAAUCAUCAAAUAUGGGAAGUAGAGAAAUUUCUGAGGAUGAAAUGGUCAUUGAUGAUGAACAAACAGAAAAAGUUCUGAAUUUGGGUUUGGAGCAACAGAUAACCAAUGCUAUAGAUCCACGUUUUCUCCUACAGCUGACUACUGUGUUACUUGGUGGGUUUUCACCUCUCAAUGGUUCACAUAGUGGCCAGCUUGAAGAAAAUCAUAUAGCAGCUGUUACUGCAGUUUGUGCUUUCCUUCAUGCGACUUUCAACAUUUUACCACUUGAACGUAUUAUGACUGUACUAGCCUAUAGGACAGAACUAGUUCCUGUCCUUUGGAACUUCAUGAAACAAUGCCAUGAAAAUCAGAAAUGGUCAUCCUUGUCAGAACAAUCACCAUAUUUGCCAGCAGAUGCUCCUGGAUGGCUGCUACCUUUAUCUGUUUUCUGCCCUGUUUAUAAGCACAUGCUUAUGAUUGUUGAUAAUGAGGAGUUCUAUGAACAGGAAAAGCCAUUAUCUCUGAAGGAUAUCAGAUGUUUGAUUGUUAUCCUUAGACAGGCCUUGUGGCAGCUCCUCUGGUUGAACCCGACAGUGCCUGCUAACUGUGGUAAAUCAACAACUGCUAUUUUUGCUAUGAAGAAGCAUCCGUUAGAGUUCCUUCAGCACAGGGUCUGUGUUGUAGCAUCUGAACUCCUAUCACAGUUACAAGAUUGGAACAACAGACGGCAAUUUACACUUCCUAGUGAAUUUCAUGCUGAUGGUGUAAAUGAAUAUUUCAUAUCUCAGGCAAUGAUGGAGAAUACUAGAGCCAAUGAUAUACUAAAGCAAGCUCCAUUCCUGGUGCCAUUUACUAGCCGAGCCAAAAUAUUUACUUCACAACUCGCUGAAGCAAGACAAAGGAAUGGGAGCCAGGGUCUCUUUGCUAGGCAUAGAUUCAGAAUUAGAAGAGACCAUAUUCUGGAAGAUGCUUUUAACCAAUUGAAUGCAUUGUCGGAGGAGGAUCUCCGUGGACUGAUACGCGUGACUUUUGUCAACGAACUUGGAGUUGAGGAAGCUGGUAUAGAUGGUGGUGGGAUAUUCAAGGAUUUCAUGGAGAAUAUUACUCGAGCAGCUUUUGAUGUACAAUAUGGAUUAUUUAAGGAAACUGCGGAUCAUCUACUCUAUCCAAAUCCUGGAUCUGGGAUGGUUCAUGAUCAACACCUCCAGUAUUUUCAUUUUCUGGGGACAGUUCUUGCUAAGGCAAUGUUUGAAGGCAUCCUUGUUGAUAUUCCAUUUGCAACAUUCUUUUUGAGCAAGUUGAAGCAAAAGUAUAACUAUUUGAAUGAUCUUCCUUCCUUGGAUCCAGAAUUGUAUCGCCAUCUCAUCUUCCUGAAGCAUUACGAAGGUGAUGUUUCAGAUCUUGAGUUAUACUUUGUCAUUCUCAACAAUGAAUAUGGAGAGCAAACUGAAGAAGAGCUGCUUCCUGGUGGUAAAAGCACACGUGUUACUAAUGAGAAUGUCAUCACCUUUAUUCAUCUUGUUGCUAACCAUCGUUUGAACUUUCAGAUCCGUCAACAAAGUUCUCAUUUUCUGAGGGGUUUCCAACAGCUAAUACAAAAGGAGUGGAUUGACAUGUUUAAUGAACAUGAACUUCAGCUUCUUAUUUCUGGAUCACUUGAUGGCAUUGAUAUUGAUGACCUUCGAGCUCAUACCAAUUAUACAGGAGGUUACCAUAAGGAACACUAUGUUAUCGAUAUGUUUUGGGAGGUUGUGAAAAACUUUUCUUUGGAAAAUCAGAGAAAAUUUCUGAAGUUUGUGACUGGGUGUUCACGAGGACCCUUACUCGGAUUUAAAUAUUUGGAGCCGUUGUUCUGCAUACAGAGAGCGGGUGGGCAUGCUUCUGAUGAAGCUCUUGAUCGUCUGCCGACAUCAGCUACUUGCAUGAAUCUUUUAAAAUUUCCACCAUACAGAAGCAAAGAGCAGAUGGAGCAGAAAUUGUUAUACGCCAUAAAUGCUGAUGCUGGUUUCGAUUUAAGCUGAUGGAAUUAUCUGUGCAUGCAAUUUUGGAGUAUCCGCUUUCUAUCUGAAGCAGCUUGUGUUCUUCAUUGGCAUAAAGGAAAACACAUGAAAUGGUAUGAUCUGUGCACCACCAUGGGAGCAUACUGGAAAGGAACUGCUAAUUGCUAAACAGUCAACAGAUGGUCAAGAAGCACGUGUAAAUAAGAACCCAUUACCUGCCCCUUGACUAGAUGUGCAUACAUACCCCAGGUGCAAUGUAUAUCAUCCUUUGGGAAGUGAAUGGCACGCGUGCUAGACAUUUCAAGCUCGUUGAAAAGCGAGGUUGUAGUUAAAAAUUAGUUUGAAACCUGUGGAAGCUUAUAUGUUAGGAUGAUCAUAGUCACCGGAAGUUGUCAACCAUUUGUAUUCAUUGUACAAGUUUAUGCAUCUCUUUAACGAGGUGCCCAACUGCUGCUAGUUGUAAUAUCCUUGAACGGAUAGCUUGCACAGUACUUAAUAUAUAUAUAUA